AUUAUCACUAGAGCUAUCACUUCGCAAAUCUAUAUUCCAAGUGAAGAAUCUUAAUUUCCUCAUCAUGGAACUGGAAAUAACCUCAAUGUCAGUUUAUACAGCCCUGUUCAUUGUUUUGAUCCUACUGUUCAUACGGAAGAAAUUAAUGAGUAACCUCUCAUCGUCAACUACCCAUCUUCCGCCAGGACCUUGGAGCGUACCUGUCAUCGGUAACAUGCACCAGUUGGCUUUCCGUCAACCCCACCACCGCCUCACAGAGCUGGCCAAGUCUUACGGACCUGUUCUGCGUCUUCAGCUCGGCCAGGUUCCGGCAGUUAUCAUUUCUUCGGCAGAUGCAGCUAAGCAAGUCUUGAAACUACGCGAGAAUCAGUUUCUUGAAAGGCCUUCUCUUCUUGCUGCUGAAAUUAUGCUCUAUAAUCGUUCGGAUAUUAUAUUUGCACCCUAUGGAGAUCACUGGAGACAAAUGAAAAAAAUUGCAAUUCUUGAACUUCUUACUCCGAAACGUGUACAAUCAUUCAAGUCAAUUAGGGAAGAAGAAGUCUCAAAUUUCAUCAAGUUUUUGUAUUCCAAAGCUGGAGAGCCAGUGAAUCUCAGUAGGAAGAUUCUGUCGGUUAUAAAUUGUAUUAUUUCUGUAACAUCUACAGGAAAAGUAUCCGAAAAACAGGACGAAAUCAUUCGAGUUAUUACGGAUGCAAUUGCUGCAGCCGGAGGUUUCAGUGUCGCUGAUGCGUUUCCGUCGUUUAAAUUGCUUCACUUGAUUACUGGUAUGAGUUCUAAACUCAGCAGGAUUCAUCGACAAGCAGAUGAGAUUCUUGAAGAAAUCAUUAAUGAACACAAAGCCAACAAGACAGAGUCUGAACCUCAUAAUAUCCUAGAUGUUCUUUUGCAUAUUCAGAACAGUGGAGAUCUUGAAUUCCCCUUAAGUAAUGACACCAUCAAAGCUAUGAUUCUGGAGAUGUUCGGGGCGGCAAGCGACACAUCCUCCGCGACUCUCGAAUGGACGAUGUCGGAAAUGAUGAAGAACCCUUACGUAAUGGAGAAGGCACAAGAGGAAGUGAGGGAAGUGUUCAGCGGUAAAGGAUAUGUCGAUGAAUCAGAAUUUCAUAAAUUGAAAUAUCUGAAGAUGGUCAUUAAGGAAUCACUCAGAAUGCAUCCACCAAUGGCAUUGAUUCCUAGAGAAUGCAAUGAGAAAUCUACUGUUAAUGGAUAUGAAAUAUAUCCGAAAACUAGAGUUCUCGUCAAUGUAUGGGCGAUCGGAAGAGAUCCAAAUUCAUGGGCCGAUCCUGAACAGUUUCGUCCCGAAAGAUUUCUCGAGGGCUCAACUGAUUUUAAGGGAAAUGACUUUGAAUUACUUCCAUUUGGAGCUGGAAAGAGGAUGUGCCCUGGAUUAACAAUGGCCAUGGCUAAUAUAGAGCUUAUACUGGCUCAACUACUUUACCAUUUUAAUUGGAAACUUCCUGGGGGAGCUAAUCCAGAAAAUUUUGACAUGGCUGAGGCUUUUGCCCUUGCAAUUACAAGAAAAGUAGAUCUUCACUUGAUUCCCAUUCCAUAUCAACUGUAAUAUAAUAGGGAAAAGGGUCAUUUAUGACCCUAAUGUUUACCUCAAGGAUCAAGCAAGCCCUCAACGUUUAGAAAGGUUCACAUAUGCCCCCAACGUCUUAAAAAGUGAACAAUCAGGCCCUCAUUUUGACUUAUAAAUGAAACGUUAGGGGCCUGAUUGUCAAAAUUGGAGGGUCUGAUUGUUCAUUUUUCAAGACAUUGGGGGCAUAUUUGAACCUUUCCGGACGUUGAGUGCUUGCUUGAUCCUGAAGGCAGACCUUAAGGGCAUAAAUGAUCCUUUUCCCAAUAUAAUACCAAUGAGCUAUAACUCAAAUGGUAUAAGCGUUGAGCACCAAUUACACAUUUGGUUGUGGAUUCAAAUCCUCCCACGAUCGUUCCCCAAUUAUAUAAAAAAAAACUGUUAUGUAAUAGAAUGGCCUACCCCUUUCCUUUUCA